AUGCCUUCAGCACCUCAGCCCAAGGCGGAUGGAACGCCCGACUUUGAAGCGAUGAAUAGACACGUGGGAGAUUUGAAGGCGAAGUAUGCACAGAACGCACAGAAUUACGAACAAAACACCGGCCAUCCCCACCCUAACCUCUCCUCCUCUCAAGCCAACAGCGGUGGGGAAGGAUCAGGUCAAGAAGUUGGUCAAUCUCGUGGAAAUGCCGACAUGGAUGGUCCAGAAGGGUUUGCUGAUCGAGGUCAACCUACGGAUACUUCAACUGGGAAAGAUCAUGGAGCUGAACUUGUUGGACAGGAGCAAGUGGAUGGACAGGGGGAAGAGAAGAGUAGUAUUAGUGCAGAGGGUCAUGGCAGUCAUGUUUGA